GGUUUUUCAAUGAACCCUCGUCUCUCUCACAAAACCGCUCAAACACCGCCUCUCAGACCUCUCUCUCGCGUACUUUCUACCUCAAAGUCGCUCAUCAACGAACCCUCUCACGCUCUCAAACUCAAAGAAUCACUCUCUCUCAACUCUCACGAUAUCUCCAUUAACAAGCAAGUGAAAAGGAUAAAAGGAAAAAAGGAGAAGCUCUUACAAAGUGUCACGGCGGUGGUGAAAGGCGUGAAGAAGCUGGCCUCCCAAUCCAGCUUAGGGUUUCGAAUUGGUGCCCUUGUGUUCAAAAGCGUAUCUCUGCAAAAUCCUCUUUGAUGUUCUCUGCUAACAAUGGACGGCGAAGAAGAAGAUGAACAAGUGAUAGCUGAAGAAGUUGAAGCCAUGAAAUCCGUUUAUGAAAACGAUUGUACCAUUCUCAAUUCCAUUCCUCCUCACUUCCAUUUAUCCCUCAAACCCAGAACCGCUUAUGUUUCUUCUCACCAGUUUGUAGAAAUUGUUCUUGAGGUACAUGCAACUCCACAGUAUCCAAAAGAACCUCCUUCUGUUGCUAUUGUGGAUUGCAAGGGUUUGGAUCAACAUAGACAAAAGCAUUUAUUGAAUCAUAUUCAAACUAAAGCCAACGAGCUUUCCCCUGGAUUAAUGCUCGUAGCUCUUUGUGAGGAAGCUGUAGAGAAACUCUCAGAUAUGAAUCAUCCUGAUGGUGAUUGUCCAUUGUGCUUAUUCCCAUUGGUGACAGAAGAACACCAAAGUGAAACCUUGCCUUUUAUGAAGUUAAUGUCUUGCUUUCACUGUUUUCACAGUGAAUGUAUCAUUAGAUGGUGGAAUUGGCUUGAGAGUUCUAAACAAACAGGGUCUUCCAAAUCAGAUAAUGCAACGGCUCGUCGUAACAGGGGUAUGUGUAAUUGUAAAGUUGCAUUUGACGAUAGACAUGUAUAAAUAUAGUUUUCUUCAGUGUGAAAUCAUUCACUUUUACAAAGUAUAGAA